AUGCCCACUUCGGACGCCCUGCGCGCGGGCCUCUUCCUCCUGCUCGUCGCGGCCGGCUGCCUCUGCCGCUCGCACUUUCGCAGCCGCUGCGGAGCGGAGGGCGACGAUCUAGCCUGGGAACUGGAAGAAAAGUCUACGAUCAACUUCCAACCGCCCCGUUCCGCAACGGACGCUAGGCCGCCCAAUCUGCUGCACCUCACGGAUGGCGCAGCGGCUGCAGACCAGCAUGGGCGCGGACGCGGCCUCACCCGCCAAUCCUCUGCCAACCGGCGAAAGCAGAACGGCUCGGGCCUGCACCUCGUCGAGCAGCACCUCGUCGACAAGCUCUCGGCCAGCUUCGAUGAUGUCCAGAGCCGUCGCGCUCGGUCCAGCAACACCUCAUCUGACGAUGCUGCCAUGGAUACCGCCACCACCGCCUACACGCCCAAGCGCAGCCUGGGGAUGCUCGACCUGCCCAGCCUCGAGAGCCUCUGCCUCGACAUCAGCGCAUCGGCGUCACCCUCGGCCCUCGAGGCCCACUUCCCGGCCGCGCAGCUGCGACCCUACUAG